AAGCAUCUACCUAAGUGGAAGAAGCAUAAUGAAAACUUUUUUUUACAUCAGAAGAAGAGCAUCAAUGGUUGCAUCGCAACAAGAACACAUUCAGAAUUAGACACACAGCUCUCUCCAAGGCCAAGGUGAAUCAGCUGCCAUUGCCAUGAGCAGAACCAACAAUUUCACAAACCCGACCGCGAAUCGAAGAAGAAGAGAAGUUGGUUUUGGUUAUCAAUACCAUGUUCCUAAUAUCAAUCGCUGGAAUUCUUCGGUUCCCAUGUUUUAUCAUCCCAAUUCUCUUCAGGAUCCAAGUACAAGUGCUUAUGAUCCAUGGCGGGCAACACCUCUUGGUUUCAUAGGUUUUCCAGGGCAUGUACAACAACACCCUCUUCUUGUCCUGAAUAACCUGGCAAGGGAGUCAGCUCCAAGGAAUUUCCGUGCCCAGGAUGAUGACUCCAAGUUGAGCAAAGAGAUGCAAAUUGAGGCUUUAAAAAAGCUGAAGAAAGAAAUAUACAACCCUACGCCGAAGAGAUUAUCUACUAGAUUGUGCCUCUAUUAUAGAGACCAAGCUGCCAAUGUUGUGAAUCAAAUGGCAAGGGAGAAACAAGAAGAUGAACAGAAAUGUGCAGUUUGUUUAGAAGAAUUUGAGCCCAAAGAAACGGUGAUGAUGACCCCGUGUGACCAUAUGUUUCAUGAAGCCUGCAUUGUGCCAUGGGUCAAGAGCCAUGGUCAGUGCCCUGUUUGCAGAUUUGAACUCUGUGACAAGAUUUCAGGAUCCUUCAAUAAUAGCACCAAUGAUCUACUUUCAACGGAUCUAAUUUCAAUCUUAAGAGCAGCCGGAGCCAUCUGAAGUUUGAACAAAGGAUUAAUUCGGUCUUAAACUUGUAAUUUGGAGUUGAAUUAUCUGUAUUUAGCUAUAUUGAUCAAUUAAGGAUAAUAUGCUCUCCUUUUUUUAGAUCAAAUAAAGAUAAAAGUGGAUUAUAUUCGA